CUCCGUUGCGCCCCCUACCCUCCUGCCUCCUCCUCUCGGCUUGCGGCGGAGUUACAUUGUUAGCCGCAAGAGGAAAACCAGCAACUGUUGAAAUCUUGAAUCUCCUCACGCUCGAUCUUUAAAGGAUAUUUCUCAGAUACAAAUCAUCUCAGAUAGGAUCGAAGGAAGCUCUUUGUCUUCUCCUCACCACGGAUCCGGUGCUAUUUUGACGCUUAUUUGAGUAUUGGGUUUUUCGAUUGCAUUGAUUUGGUAUCAGAUUUAGGUUUAAAGGUCAGUCCUUUACAAUUUAUUGUGUGUGUGUUAGUGAUCGUUUUUAAUGGAACGGGGAGGUGGGUCUGGUGAGAGCUUUGCGAGCUUGAUUCAUAAGGAGAAAAGAGAUGGUCUUUGCAAGACUGUGUCUUGUAGUGAAACAAAGGUUAGUUUUCAGAAGAAGAGACAUAAAGUUGUCGUUAGCGAGUCUGAGUCAAGUGAGGAGUUUAUGAAGCCUCCAACUAGGAGCGUUGACCGCAUAAGAGCGAAAGAGAAGUUUGUGAGGAGGAGGAGGAAGAAGGAGGAGUCGUCAGGGUUGAAGAAGUUGGAUGUGUUUGAGUUUGAUGAGUACGAUGGGUUUGAUAGCGCUAAUUUGAUGAGGAAACGGUUUGAUAAUGGGACUGUUGGUGUUAGCGGGAGAGUUUCUUUUCCGCCGAGAAGGUUUGAAAAUGGUGUUGGAGGGUCUGGAUCAGGGAAGGAUGGUUUGUUUGUUAGGAGGAGAAAACCAUCUUUGAAUGGAGAUAUGAGUUCUGAGGAGAAGUUGAGUAGUGAAUCUGAUUCAGAUGAGGCUAUAAGGGUGCAGGGGAGAAACGGUGUUCUGAAGGUGAAGGUGCCUAAUAAAACAAGCACUCUUCCUGCUUCAAUUAGUCACCGGGAAGCAGAAAUGUACGAGAGACAGCCUUUCUCCUCAAGGAAGGAACAAAAGCGUGAGAAUGUUGUAGCAAAACCAACCUUUAGGAAACCAAAUAAUGUGGAGAAUUAUUCAGAGUCAGAAGAGAGCGACUUGGAGGGGAAAACGAAAAGAAGUAAACCAAUUUGCCGGAAACUCAAGAAGGGAAGUGAUGAAUCUGUGAAACCUGCAGUGAGGGAAGAGAGAAGGGGAAUGCGUAACGGUGGAACAGAGAAGCAAAGAUUACGUGAGAAAAUCAAGGGAAUGCUUACUGAUGCAGGGUGGACGAUAGACUAUAGACCUAGGAGGAAUCAAACUUACCUUGAUACUGUAUAUGUAAACCCCUCGGGAAUAGCGUUUUGGUCAAUAAUUAAAGCAUAUGAUGCUUUUCGGCAGCAGUUAAAAGAAGAAGACAUUGAUGCUAGAUCGAGGAAAGAUGUUGCUGCAGUUGUUUCUGUAUCAGAGGAUAUUGUGAACAAUUUAGCUAGGAAGGUGAAGAAGACACGGACUGAGAGUUCAAAGAAACGGGGAAAAGAUUACAGUGGUAGUGAGAGUGAAAGGGAAAGCUAUGAAGUUGGAGUGGACAGUGAUACCUUUGAAGAGAGGUUCGUAAAGAUGUCUGCGAAAUCGAUAAAAAGAAGAAGAAACGAUGAUUUACACUCGAAAAGUAAAAGACAGUCCUACUACAAUGAUGCAAGGCCAUCUUCUGGAUCAGAUGCACAUUAUCUAGAUGGAAGACUAAGCAAAAAAAUAGGAAGAUGUACUUUGAAGGUGCGUAGUUCUGAGGAUAAAAAGAAUCCAGCAAUCAACGGGUUCAAUCCAUACUCUGGAAAGAGGACACUGCUCUCUUGGUUGAUUGAUUGUGGAGUUGUCCAGGUAAGGGAGAAGGUACAAUACAUGAACCAUCAAUGUACAAAGGUGAUGUUGGAGGGAUGGGUUACAAGAGCGGGGAUUCAUUGUGCCUGCUGCAGUAAAGUCCUCACAAUUUCCAGGUUUGAGAUCCAUGCUGGGAGCAAGUGUUGUCAGCCUUUCCAAAAUAUAUACCUGGAAUCUGGCAGUUCUCUUCUUCAUUGCCAAAUCAGAGCGUGGAAUAUGCAAAAAGGUGCUAAGAAUCUUGGUUUUCAUCACGUUGACGCCGACGGCGAUGAUCCACAUGAUGAUGCUUGUGGUAUCUGUGGGGAUGGUGGUGAUUUGCUUUGCUGUGAUGGUUGUCCAUCAACAUACCAUCAAACCUGCCUAGGUAUUGAGGUGCUUCCUGUGGGUGACUGGCACUGUCCAAACUGCACUUGCAAAUUUUGUGAUGCUGUGGUGCAUUCUGGUGGCAAAGAGGAAAAGCCUUCAUUACUUUCCUGCAACAUUUGUGAGAGAAAAUAUCACCAAUCAUGCAUGAGUGAGGAGGAAGCUCAUGAUGUUCAAUCUUCAGCUUCUUCGUUUUGUGGACCUAAGUGCUUAGAGCUCUUUGAAAAGUUAAAGAAGUAUCUUGGUGUCAAACAUGAAAUUGAAGGCGGCUACACAUGGUCUCUUAUUCAUAGGGUGAAUACGGAUUCAAAAUUUAACUCUCAGUUGUCGGCACAAAGGAUUGAAAAUAACUCAAAACUAGCUGUCGGGCUGGCAAUCAUGGAUGAGUGUUUCUUGCCCAUAAUUGACAGGAGGAGUGGGAUCAAUCUAAUUCGCAAUGUCCUUUAUAAUUGUGGAUCCAAUUUCAACCGGAUAAAUUAUACUGGCUUCUACACUGCUAUUCUAGAGAAAGGAGAUGAGAUAAUAUGUGCAGCAUCUCUCAGGUUCCAUGGAAUGCAAUUGGCGGAGAUGCCAUUUAUCGGAACCAGGCAUAUAUACAGGCGUCAAGGAAUGUGCCGUCGGCUUUUUGAUGCAAUUGAGUCGGCUAUGCGUUCUCUCAAGAUUGAGAAAUUGGUAAUCCCUGCCAUUCCAGACUUCUUGCAUGCGUGGACCGGUAACUUUGGAUUCACUCCUCUUGAUGAGUCAGUUAGGAAAGAGAUGAGGUCCCUCAACACGUUAGUAUUUCCUGGAAUAGACAUGUUACAGAAACCUCUGCUCCAUGAUGACUGUGUUGUUGUACAUAAGGAUGCCAUGGCUUCAGAGAUAGAGUCAGAAAAGAAAUCUGAAUCUGCGUCAUUUGCUGAAACUUGUCUAAACUCCGAUGGAUUUGUCGCUGAUGAUGUAGACUGCGACAAGAAAACUCUUGUUUCUGAUGAGAAAACCAUUCCUAUAUGUACAUCAGUUGAAACAGCCCUGGACACGGUUUCCAAGCCGGAAGGUGAUGAAUCAAAGAGAUAUGUACCUGGUGAAGAACGUGGGAUUAGCUCUUCUUCUUGUCAGUUCAUAUUAAAUUCUUGCUCUAAGCAACGUGACAGUACAGGAUCUACAUGCGAAGAUGUGAAUGUAGAAGCUGUAACUCGUUUACUAUCACUGGAAAUCGUACAAGCAUCCACUGAUAUAAAGAUUGAAAACAAUCUUUCUUCAUCUAUUUCUGGUUUAGGAUCAUCAGAUAUGAGCUCUAUCACCCAAGAAGGCAAGAGUGAACAAAACUCAUCGAACAAAGAAGCCACUCCUUCAUGUAAAGACAGUGACAUACUCGGUCGUGAUACUAAGUUGGCUGUAUCGAAAGCAGAUGGUUUACUUUUGUGA